AUGCAUGAUAAUUAGUUUGGAAUUUUCAACUUCUCAACAAUGAUAGUGAUUUUAUUGCUUGUUAUUUGCACUUCAACUUAUAUCAGACAGAUGAAACCUGAUUUAAUAAAUUCACAUAGACAUGGAUUUAGGGGAUUCUUUAGAAGAAGCGCUGUCAUUGGAGAUAGAUUAUCGCCACUAGUAUCAGGCUUAUGUUUUAUUAUGGGUGCUUAUGUGUUGUUAAUAAGAUGA